AUGAGGAGCGGCAUUUCUAAUCUAGGCUUUCUGCUCUUCGUAACUACCUGCAUUGGCGUAAAUGAAUCCCCACAGCGUAUUACUAGGGAUGUUCUUUCUCCGUGGAUCGUGGACGGCAACACUGGCGAUACUCCACAAGUCAUGCAUAGCUCGAAUUGGCUCGCAUGCGGUUCCGCGGGUCACGAGCAAACCAAAGAAUUUCAUCUCUUCUCAAAAUCGGACUCUCGCCCUCCGCUAUCCUCCGGCAACUGGGAGGGAAUUCGUCUCCGGGACCCCCCAGGGGCUCACAGUCGAACGAAGCAUGGUAUGCCUCUUGAACCUCACAUUCAAACGCCAUCGACCAAAAGGAGGAAAGAAGACGAGAUUCGCAUGGAAUCAUACGUGGACCCCGGAUCCCCAAACGCACCGCAAACAAUUGAUCUUUUCAAGUUAGAAAUGCUUCAGUCGCCAGACCCCUCGACCAACCUCGAUAAGAUUCCGAUACCGGUAGUGUUUGGUGCGAAACUUGUUCAUAGUCCAACCCCGGAUAAGCCAGCAGCCAACCGCCAUGAGCCCAUGAUCCAGGCAGAUCUUGCGCCUCAUGGAGAGACGCAACCUCCUUCGACUCCUGUCCAUGAAGAAAAUGCUCGAAAUUCUUUUCAUCAAAUGCCAGGAAACCCAGCCAGCAUUGAAGGCAACUUGGAGGAGCCGCUACAACAAUCGGAGUCUGCUCGUGGUACCACUCUUUCUCCUAAUCCGACGCCAGACAAAACAGCCAGGCUUGAUGAGCAAGCGAUGCAGGCUGUCUCUUCGCACAGGGCGGAAAGAUCUGGGUCGAGUUCCGUGCAGAUCGAAGGUCAGGCAAAAAACCUUCCACUCGAUCCUAGUACUCUUCCUAUAAAAAAGAGGAAACUUCGUGUGCUCGAAACGAUUGCAACAGAUGACACUGUUGAGGGAUCUUCGUUGCACUCCGAUCCCAAAAACGUCGACGAUUCUCUUCCAACCCCGAUAAUCCAAAACAGAGCGAGUUCCCGUCAAAAAAAGAUGAGAAAAGCUACCAAGGAUCCUCACCGCACCGAGGCUCUCGAAAGUCAACCUUCAAGUAGUCGUGAUGGUCAGUUUACUAGAGUCAAAUUUACUUAUGAGGUUCUUCAGGAAGAGAACCCGUUGCCCGAAGAUGGAAAAUUUAUUAGACAACUGAAAAAACUAUGUCCAGAUGAGAAGAAGGAAAUUGUCAUUUAUGAAAGCAGCCACAAAAAGGCUUUCAAGAGGUUCCAAAAGUGUGCCAACAUCAUGAAAGGUUCCAAGAAGGCUGUUCUCGCGGCCAGAUACAAAAAUACGAGACCAAGGAGAAAGUACAUCACAGUGUUUCAAAAGAUGCUAUGGAAAAAUCGGGGAAUAUGGACCGACUUUUGGGCUAAAAAAACUAACAUCAAACUCAAAAAGCGCAAUACUUCCCAACAUUCGGAGAAAAGAAAUGUUGCUGGAUGA